AUGGCUACCGCAGUCUUACAACAAAGCGGCCCGCGGGUCUUUGGCAACCAUGGAAACAUAGAGGCACUGACAGCAGAAGACUUUGAGACUGCUUCCAUCCACUCGAUAGCUCCAUCAUACGUCUCCGAGGCGCCGUCAUACCACACCAUCCCGUGCGAGGCAACGCCGGCCUACUCGCCGCCCGAACAGUCCUCACCGCCGUCGUACAGCUUCAACUCGCACCGCAACCAACGGAGGACCGCCGCCGCCUCGGCCGACUACUACGCCAACUCGUCGCGACCCAGCCUGAUCCCGCCCGCCGAUUCGGUCAACGAGCCGACCAUCGGCCUGCCCCCGGUCCCCACGGGGCCGCUCCCGACACUGGUCCCGCAGCUCUCGGCCUUUCGCAUCCCGUCGUGGUCCAGUCUCGCCACAAACAACCACAACAACCGCCAGUACCGCAACGUGGCGCAGCGGCGCGCCUCGGCCGCCGCCUCCGCAUCGCCGAGGAGGCUCGAGCUCUCGCCCAGCCGCAUCGCCCGGCUCGAGAGGGUCAGUGAGAUUGCCGAGGCCGAGGAGCAGCGCCGCCACCGCCCGCUCGAGGACCCAUACCUCGUCGGCGAGGUCGCCGCCAGGCGCGCCAGGGCCCAGAGGCUGGCGAGGGAGAACGGCGACGAGGUGCUCGAGAUGGAGAACCGUCGGUGGGAUCUGUUCCUUGCCCAGAUGAGAGACUUCCAGCCUCGCAACAGGCGACUCCUCUGA